AGCGUCUGCGAAGCCAGCAGCGUAGAUCCUUGCGGUGACAAAGGAAUCUGCAUCCCCGAUUAUUCCAAGGACAGCUUUACAUGCAAAUGUGACAAAGGCUAUGGAGGAAGACCAUGCGGUAAGCUGCAAACGUUUCACCUCUAAGGAUCUUCUCCAGGGGAUGAAAUGAGGCUUUAACUAUACACGACUUUAUGGAUAGUCAGUCAAAAGUUACACUCAAGCUCAUUGACCUUUUAAUUACCCAUUUCAGAAUUAAUAAAAGACUGCUUUAAACUUGGUCAAAGUGGUGCCACAUCAAGUGGAGUCUACUACAUCAUCCCAGAUGGUGGCAGUCCAAUACAAGUACUCUGUGACAUGACUACGGACGGUGGAGGUUGGACCGUCUUUCAGAGACGUUUAGAUGGCUCGGUAGAUUUUUAUCGGGCUUGGGAAUCAUACAAAAAUGGAUUUGGAGAUCUAAACAGUGAGUUCUGGCUUGGAAACGACAAUCUACAUCGUUUGACAGCCUCUGGUGACGUUAUGCUAAGAGUUGACCUGGAGGACUUUGAUGGCAACAUAGCAUACGCUGAGUAUACAACAUUUCAGGUAGCUGACGAAGCAGAUAAAUACAGGAUUACGUUUGGAGGAUACAAUGGUACGGCUGGCAACUCAAUGGUAGAUAACGGAGGAGAGUCCCUAACGUAAGCAAAAAAAUCGUUGGUAACUGAUUGUAACAAUCAUAUCAAUCUAUCACUCUCUUUUUACCCUUACCGACAGGCAAUCCGUCGCCAUCGCCGACCACCUCUCAUACCAUCUAGGUCGCAAUCAAAUCAGGUUCAUUAUUUAACAAGGAAUGAAUGAGGCUGAGUAUCUUAUGAAGAAUUAUAGAGGUCGAGGAGGGUGUUAUCCGUGGAGGCCGUAGGCCGAGGCGGAUAACGCCCUCCGAGAUCUUCAUAAUUCUUCAUAUGAUAAGAAAGCCGAAUUCAAUAAUUGUUUUAUCAUUCAUUCAAAAUAAUUCCUAGUUAAAAACAUAGCUAAAAUAUGCUUACCUCCAUCAAUGUUAAGUUCAUCUUCGAUAGUGCACGUUUAGGGUUCUUCAGCUCCGCAAAUAUUCUCCAAAUAGCAGAUGUCGCCCUUCGAGUUGUCUUCUAGCAGUUCUUGCAUUGUUUUUAGCCAUUAUUUCGCCUAGUUCUUACUAUUGAAACGAGUAGAAAUGUCCUCCAUUUUUGUUUUCACAACCAAAACAACUCAACCUCGUCCUCAGGUCUUCUCGGUUAACGGUGCAUUAACCUGCAAGGAAGCUGCUCUUUUGACGUCAUCGGUUGAUUAAUCGCAAAAUUCUUCCAAAUUUAGUCAUCAGUAGCUGGUUAUAGUGAAUUAUUCGUAUGCUUUUAGCCAAUCAGAAUCGGGGAAAUAUUUUGAAUGAAUAAUAAUAAUCGAUAGUCUCCAGAUUUAAUAGCCUCUUUAUGGGCAUCUUAGAAAAGUCGCAUCUGCAUUCUUAAACUAUUUAACGUUCCUAUACAUACUAUUAAAGCUGGCAAGUGUCCGCAUAUCUUUGCCACCAGCAAAAGUCUCAAAUUACCGGUAGCACAAUAAUACAGAUAUUUAUAUCAUUAGAUCAAGGAGAUCCUUUAUGCACUCUCAGACAAAUCAAGCAGAAAUUAUAGUUGAGCUGUUUCAAACGAGCAUUUCGUUUUAGUCUUCAUUUUUCUCAACACUUUUUUUCUUUCACAGUGGUCUACAGUUUUCGACUAAAGAUGCUGACAAUGAUCUGGACAACAUUGUAUGGGGUCCUUGUGCUGUAAGGCACUAUGGUGCAUGGUGGUAUUACUCUUGCAGCUGGGCAAAUCUUAAUGGUUUGUAUCAUGGAGGACCAUACAGCACCAGUCGUAUCGGUGAUGGAGUAAAAUGGGUCACGUUUAGAGGACAGCAUUACUCACUAAAACGCACUGAGAUGAAAUUAAAACCUAAAACGUAAAAUUAAACAACAGUGAUACGCACCGCAUCGCAUCAUUAUUAAAUGAGUCGCAAUUUAAAAAUUGCGAUCAUAGGUAGGCAUUUGAAAGCGUUUGGUACCUGCACUCAUAAAACUCCCGGGCCAAGAAUGAGUCCAAGUAUGACUUUUCUUGCGUUGGUUUUUGCAUUUUAUAGCCUGUGCCAGGCACUCACGCGGCUUUUUGCACUUUCUUCUCGACCCGUUCUCCCCACUAUCUUAGACCUUGGAAUGCUAUUGAAGAUUACUACUUUACACAAAUAGAAAUUAUUCAUGAUAACCGCCAUCUUUGCACGCGCUCAAGGGCUGAUGGUAUUAAAGCAAUGUCACUUGGUUUCUCAGGGGGCAAACAAGUAAGAAAAAAUUGCCAGUGGAAGAGAUCGCGGUUGAGUUUGUUUAUUCUAGACAACAGGAAAUGAAGACCUUUUCAUCUUAAAGACGAUAAUAUAAAAAAAUGGGUGGAAGUGAUCAUUGUUACUUUUUCGUAUGCAGUAGUGACCGGAGAUAUCCUCAUGGCAAACAGUAAUGACGAAAUCUUGCCAAAAUUCGAUAUGAACAUUUUGGAGGACUAUCAAAUCGUCGUCUCGUUUUGAUAGAAUUAAUAAACUCGACCGCGAUUACUCGGCGUAUUUGCAAAUUUUAUCACUUGUUCCCCCCUGAAAUACCACGUGACAUAGCUUUUACCCCAAUCGAUCCUAGAGCGUAUGCAAAGAUGGCGGGCAUCGUGAAGAAGGUCUAUUGAAUUCAGUCAUCAAGUCACGUUAUCGCUUGAUUAGCAGACUGGUGAAAGGAGUUAGUCGUAUACUGCUGGGAUUUACAAGCUUUAAUAGACGCCGGUGGUUAAUUUCAUAUAACAGUGAUAUCAUUAUAACCUUCCAACCUGAGAGUUGAAUUUAGUCAUGAUAUUUUCAGGCAUAAUUUAAAUGAUAAAAAAAUACGAAAAGUACAUAAAAGGCAAGUCCGACUGAUUAUAAUCCGGAAUAUGAAUACUCACAAUCUCUUUGACCGUAAAUUUUCGACCACUGCUGAAAUGCCAGUUUUAUAUAGUUUUUCCCAUGCAAUUUGCAUUAAGCUCGGGUAACCAAUUCGACAGGGACUAGCCCUGGCUCGCUAUACAAAAGCGAACGCUCAGUACUGGUAGGUUUUAGCUGUAUAUUUCUCUUUUUCUCAAUCUUCACAGAUUCUUUACAGUUUUAAAUUAAGCUUACAAUUGUAAUCUCUGGCGUCCUGCUUUUAUAGAGAAACAGCUCAGUUCGCAGUUAUGAGGUGCGAACUGUCACUACGAUUCAGUUCCUGAAUUUCGAGAAGACAGCUGCACCAGGAUAAUGUGUCACUGAUAAGUUAGAGAAUUUCAUAUUCUUUCAAUACUAGAACUUGAUGACUGUUUCUCAUAAACACAACGCCAUAUUUUAAGGAAAAACUAAAAAGAUCAGAAUGGUAAUAAAAUCGUCAUUUCAAUUCUAAUAGAAAUAUCUCAAAAUUUAAACUGAAUUCUUUCUUCCAUUCAUUCAUUCAUUCAGGCGGCUUCGGCCGAACUGCUGUAGUCGCUUGGCUGCCCAGCCCGCUCUGUUGUCCAAGCGGGAUGAGAGUUCGCUGGUGGAUACGACCCUAGCCUCCCUCAUCAGGGUUUCUGUGAAUGUGCACACUAGGCGACCGCGCGCAUCGUAGGUGUUCGUGUGUUGCUUGCCACAGGACAAGCUGGCCUGCUGGCAAUUCGGGGCUACGGUGGCAAUGGUCAGCAAGACCAAGCCGAUCCUGUCUGACAAAGUUGGAAAGUCGCCGUGAGGUCUGGGUUGGUGACUCGGUCUCGCCAACUGGUGUUUUGGACACCGUGGAGCAUGGGGGUAUAUGAUCCAUUGGGGGACUUUUCCAUAGUGAUAGUAAGUGACCCCCCUUUACAGCCAUAAAGCCAAACAGAGUCUAUCGUCGCUUAAAAGAGUCGUAUCUUAAGACCUCUAAAAAGACUGGAUGUCCAGAUACUCGACGUGUCGUUAAUUGCCUACGUGUCGUUAAUUGCCACGUUACAUGUUAGUACCCUCGUCUUCCUAUCACUGAGCACUAGUCCAAUGUCACUACAUUCAACUUCUACCAGAUCAAAUGAGGUUUGCGCUAGGGAAACGGUGUUUGAUAGCAGAGUAAUGUUGUACGUUUGCUCGAGGCCUACUCCCAGGCUAGCAUACAGUAUGUUGCCCAGUAUCCGAACGGUACCAGUAUCCGGACACUUGAAGCAAAAACUCAAUUUUUGAGGCGCCCUUUUCAGUUCUCCGUAAACGAAGUAUUUCGAAUGAAAGCUAAACAUUUCAUCUUUAAGAUGAAAGUGUUGGCGAUUUGAAAGCUUGCGAAACAGUCGCAGAAGACGCCGUUCUGUUCAGUAGGGGAAGGAGAAGCCUUUAGUUACUGCUCCUUACGGGCCACUCUUCAAGAUGUGCCUUAACUGCUACCCCUUUCAGCAGAUUUCAAUAUUCACUUCUAGGAGUAAAUAAAUUAAUUUUAGACACGGAAAAGGCGGCUUGAAGACAGCCAAAUGAAAUGCUAUAAAAAAAUCUUUAAUGGUACAAUUUUAUUAAACGUAAAAAUAAAACGAUGAAUAAAACAGUACAAAAUAAAAAGAGAGGGUGAUUACAAGACUUUUUCAUUACAAGUCCAGUUAAAGAGGUGCAAGCGUCUUCUUAAUAUUAAGCAAAGGAAAAAGAUUGAUGAUUAUUGCAAGAAACAAAAGUUACCGAAAAUAUGCAUCAAAAAGACUUCAAGUACAAAAAACGUUGUAUGUACCAAACCGUCCAAGUCCGUCCUCUUACGGCAACAUACUAAAAGAGUCUUGGAAUAACUUCGCUCUUUAAGAUAACCCCCGCAGAAAAAGGUACAAUUUCUAAUAAACACUAAAACAUUAUGCUAUGUUCACCACUAUAUCGCAUAGCUUUUCGUGCCAACACGAGCGACAAACUAUCAGCUAUGGUAUCAAUCACCUUUUCGGUAUGUGACUCUCCAUUUAAGAGAUCGGCGCAGCCUCGCUCCGUUAGAGGAAUUGCGCCGAAAUCACCGUUCAUAUGUGUGAACAGAAAAGCUUACAUUGUAUGGUUUUUGUGUCGGGGCAAAAGCUACCCGGUAGACUAGUAAUCAGUAAACUCAAUAUACCCUGUUUAAAAACAGGGUAUAUUGAGUUUACUGAUUACUGACAUAACACAUUCUUGAAGCGAUUCUAAUUUACGGAAUGAAAAUUCAUUUUAUCUAUAAUUUUCCAACUUCUUUUACGUUUAAAUUUGUGUUUUGGUGAUUUCAUUUGUCUUUAAUUAUGCAGCUCUAACAACUCUAUAGCGAUAGCGCUACAUAUUCAUAAACGGGGCGAUUUCUUGAAAACUUCAGCAAUAUGAUGGUUUCAGUUAGGUCGCUUGAAACAUUUCCACCCAGAGUUUUCCCAUAAAACCAAUAUAAAUUUUUGCUGGGUCCUUCCUUUUGUUCAGCUUGAACUUGUCCAAGGCAAAGCACGAUCCAAACGUUUCCCGCAGUCCCUACAUUAGUUUCUGAGAUCAUAAACGUUUGGAUAAAUGGUUCAUUUGUCUAACGAAUACUUACUAUUUAUGGCCUUGGUCACCGGUUAAUAAGGCUGUUUUUACACAAUAUCGUUCUAGCCUCCAGCACAACGAAAAGGUGCUGAGCACCAGUAAAAUUGAUCACUUUCCAAGGACGAAUUAAUAUAUCUUAAAACACCUGCUAUAUCGUAAGCUCAAAGUCCAGUUGAAAAUGCUGCUGCUAUGGCUUGUACUCGUUUUUUCUGAACAUGUUUCCAGCUUAAGCCGAAUCUCAGAACCUCGUUUUAAAGCUGUUAACUUUGCUGAGGAGAAAAAAGGAAGGCUGUUGAAUGGAAGCGUGAUAAAAGAAAUGCAAGUUGAUGCAGAGGGUGAGUGUAGGCUUUGAUGUGUCGAUGAAGAGCAAUGCCGCUCGUAUAACUUUGGACUCAAGAAGCAUAAAGCCGGGAAUUUCUUGUGUCAGUUAAAUGGUUCUGAUAAAUCUGUUGGCUUUGGUAACUUCACAAAAGAUGACAAUUUCAAGUACAGAGGAAUGGAGGUAAUAAAGGUAAAAGAGGAAUGGUCAUCAGUAAAGGCCCGGGGGGGUACUCCCUAUAAUGGCCAAUAUGGGAAGGCUCCGCCAGAAAGGGGUACCUUUUUCAGGCUUCAAGGGAAAUCUGUCAUUUGGGUCUGUGAAAGGACCCAAAGGGCUAACAGAUGAAUUGUAUGGCUUUAUGAAGUCGAGAAAACGUUCUAUUUUUGUGAUUGAUUCCUAUUUUUAUAGACGACAGUGCAUUUACAGCAGUUAAAAGGGAUCAGCAAAGUUCUAAACAAGGUAUAUGAAAGGGGUACCAUUUGUUAAUAGAAGGUAUACGAAAGGGAUACCUUUUUCGUGAAAAAUGGUACAUAAAAGAGUACGGGGCUGGACCUCGGGGCGGAGACUCCCCGUAUAAAUAUUUGUUGAGUACCCUCCCCCCCCCCGGAGUAAAGGAUUGCCUCUUCGGAGAGUUUCAAUUGUCGCAGCAUAUCCCACAGUGCCGAAUGCAAAUGAGCUCGAACAAAGGAUUUUCUUUCCUCAUAAGCAUUAAAAUCGGCACAUGUAAAAUGCGACGUUUGAACUUGACCUGAAGGAAAAAAUAACUACACCAACUACACUAACUACAUUAACUACAGCAACUACAGCAACUACAGCAACUACACCAACUACAGUUACUACACCAACUACAGCAACUACAGCAACUACAGCAACUACACUAACUACACCAACUACAUUAACUACAGCAACUACACCAACUACAGCUACUACAGCAACUACAGCAACUACACUAACUACACCAACUACAGCUACUACACUAACUACAGCUACUACACCAACUACACCAACUACAGCAACUACAGCAACUACACCAACUACACCAACUACACCAACUACAUUAACUACACCAACUACACCAACUACAGCUACUACACCAACUACAGCUACUACACCAACUACACUAACUACACCAACUACAGCUACUACACUAACUACAGCUACUACACCAACUACACCAACUACUGCAACUACAGCUACUACACCAACUACUGCUACUACACCAACUACAGCUAGUACACCAACUACACUAACUACACCAACUACAGCUACUACACCAACUACAGUUACUACACCAACUACAACUACUACACCAACUACUGCUACUACACCAACUACAGCUAGUACACCAACUACAGUAACUACAGCAAUUACAUCAACAUUCUCACUGUGGGCUUAGUGGUCACUUAAUGUCUCUAUAUUCGUGACGGUUAUCAUGAACCCAUUACCCUUUGACGGCAACAUAACAUACGCAGAGUAUACAACAUUUCAAGUAGCUGACGAAGCAGAUAAAUACAGGAUUACGAUUGGAGGAUACAAUGGUAUGGCUGGUGACUCGAUGGUAGACAACGGCAGAGGGGCCACCCUGAGGUAAACAAAUAGCUGGUUUAUUUGUAAGGAGGAAAACACCUUGGCCAAUUUCAUAGUCAGAGGCCAAUUUUAUAAUCAACCAUCUUUUAUAUAUCCUUUUCUUUACAACCAAGUUAUUUCAAAAGUAGGUUGAGUUUGAUCGUCCAGGUGAAAGUAGUCUUGAAUAGGACUGUUGCUGUUGAUAGUGACUGACGUUUCGACAACCUGUGCGGUAGUCAUCUUCAGAGUCAAAGUGAGUUGUAUCACGUCAGUUGAUGGUAUUAUACUCUGGUUAUUGGUCUGAUUGGUCAAUUACGUUGCGAUGUUAUUGGUCGUCUGUCAGUUAAGCCGUGAUGUUAUUGGCUACGAAUACUCGUAAUCAGUAAUUGGUUCUCUCGUACAGAACGACUGGAGAACUGACAAUUUGACUAACAAUAGACGACUGUUUAACUGUGACAAUAGACGGAUCGAAACGCACCAGUUACUAAUUACGAGUCCUUCAUAGCCAAUAACAUCACAGCUUAACUGACACACGACCAAUAACAUCUCUGAUCUUUUUCGAUUCUUUCUACUCUCACGAUAAUCAAUCCCCAUCGAAGACCACCUCUUUUAAUUCAAAUCAUAUUUAAUGUGAGAAGACAACAACAAGAUAUUCAUUGUCGUAAUGUUACUUAAUUAACAUUUCUUGGCACGCAGUUAGCCAAACCCUAGUCGCGACGUGCUAACCUUUUCAAAAUAUCUUAUGGUGAGUUGCCACGUGUUUACAUAUCUAUGCUACCAGUAAAAUGGCGAUGUAAAGUAGCAAAUUGAUAUGGCAAUGCAAAGAAACGUUUGGACAAAAUAUGACUUUUCAGAAAGACCUUUAAUACUUUGUUUGAACGCUGAGCUUCUUGAGGGCCUGAUCUCAGGCUAAAGUGCUUACAAACAAAUCAAACACGAAAAUACUAAUACUCCUUCCAGCUUGAAACAUAGUUUGUCUGUGGUACUCAUUUAAGCAGGCACGUCAUUGCUCUUUCUCUACAGUGGUCGACAGUUUUCAACAAAAGAUGCUGACAAUGAUGUGGACCGCGCUGUGACACCCUGUGCUGUAAGACACCACGGUGCAUGGUGGUAUCAUUCAUGCAGCUGGGCAAAUCUUAAUGGUUUGUAUCAUGGAGGACCUUACAGCACCAGUCGUAUCAGUGAUGGAGUAAAAUGGACCACAUUUAGAGGAAUGCGUUACUCACUACAACGCACUGAGAUGAAGUUAAAGCCAAAACCGUGA